CUUUCAAGAUUGUGUACUACUACUAGUCUACUACAUGGUUGAUGCUUGAUGGUUUCCUUUUUUGUUGGGUGGUGGUUGGUUUUUGUGUCACCUUACAACUUCAACUCUUGUUUUGUCAUCAUGGGGGAGCAUUUUUAUAUUUUUGGGCCUAAAGAUUGAACAUUCAGCACUUGGGCUUUCAUGGGGUUCUCUUAGAUUUUUGUUUUUUUGUGUUUUUUUAAGCUUGGUUCUUGGGGUUUCCAUGAAAGGUGGUGGGUUGAUGAGAGAGUUGACUUCUUUCAUACCAAGUCUUUUUGGUCGUCUUUCUUGGAUUUUUAUUCUAAGCUUUCAUAAUUAUGUAUUGUUGUUCCCAGCUGGUGUCAAUUUUAUGAACAUACAAUUUUAGCUAGGAUUGAUCAACUUGUUCGAACUUUUUGUUUUUGGUACUUGUAAUUCACAUUCUGUAAUUUGAAUGGUGGACUGGGUCAUAAUUGAACUACACUAGAGCUUGGAUUUUCUUUAUUUUUACAUUUGGCUUGACUUUGAAGGAAUAUAUUUUAUGUGUUCAUAGAUGCUACUUGGCUGCUGCUUAAGUUGGGUGGUAGCACUAGCUAGCAGCUUGCUUAUUUUUAGAGUUCUACUGAUAGUAUAUGCAUUUAAGCUGGGUGAUAAAUGCUAAAGGCCAUCAGCUAAGCCGCUUGGGACUGAGGUGGAGAUUUUACUCCGUAAUGGUUAGCAUACGAAGGCGCAAACUCUUAGGACUAUGUGCUGGCAGAAGUUCUUUUUUGACUCCACUUCCUCGAUUUUUUGAACAUGGAACAGCACAUGUAAGUUCUACCCAGAAUUUCAGGUCUGUUAGCGUACAUCCCCUGCCAUCAGAUGAUGUCAAGCAGCUAGGAGAGAACAACAUUUCCAAAGCAGGAGCUGGUUCAUCAAAUAUAUCGGCUUGCAGCUCAUCAAAGGAGCAGAAUUCUCAACCAUAUCCAGGGCAACCAAUUAAACGCAGAAAGAGACACAGGAGAAAGCUGGUUCAGAACCAAGAACCAUGCUUGAUGAGAGGUGUUUAUUUCAAAAACAUGAAAUGGCAAGCAGCGAUUAAAGUCGACAAGAAGCAAAUCCACUUGGGGACUGUUGGUUCACAAGAAGAGGCUGCUCGUUUGUACGACAGGGCCGCGUACAUGUGUGGGAGGGAACCGAACUUUGAGCUCUGUGAGGAGGAGAAACAAGAACUUAGUCAGUUCAAGUGGGACGAAUUUCUGUCGAUAACACGUAGCGCAAUUAACAGUAAAAAACACAAGAGACGGAAUGGAGCAGGAUUGCAGAAAAUAUCCGAACCCACAUUGCAAGAUGGUGACUGGGAUGAAAAGCCAUCUUUAAACAGCCUUUCAGCUUCAGAAGAUGCGGAGCCAGACUCAUCCACAUCCUGAGUUUCUCAAAGCCAAUUCUGACAAUGCAGUUUUAGCCUGUUGGCUUCCAUUUUUGGUGUACAAAGCCGCCUCUUAGGACAAACAAUGGCAGACAACAACCUUCCAUAAGCAGAUAUUCACAAUUUUAACUCAAUAAAGACAUAGAAAGCGUCGUAUUAGACGCCCCAUAGCCACUGCAAUCUCCAUCAUCGGUAGACCUGCCGAUGCAUAGCUAUACUUGCCUUUCCCUUUUCCACUAUUUUCUUCGGAAACAUGAAACCAAACUGGAAAAUCAUUUUUUUUGCAGAAUAAUGAGUCUUACUGUGAUCAUUAUAAAGUGUUUAGCAGUGUUACAUAA